AUGACAGAUAGGACCAGUAAAGAUUUAGCUGAGCAAUGUGUGAAACUCCUCGAGCAUAUCUGUCAACGUGAAACCCUUGCUGUUUACGAUGCUGGCGGUAUGCACGCCAUGCUAACAUUGGUUCGACAACACGGCUCACAAGUCCAUAAGGACACAAUGCACUCCGCAAUGUCUGUAGUGACACGUUUAUGUGGUAAAAUGGAACCUAAUGAUGCUGCCCUUCCGCAAUGUGCAGAAAGUCUUGGAGCUUUGCUUGCACAUGAGGAUAAUAAGGUUUCUGAGAGCGCUUUACGUUGUUUUGCGGCUCUCACAGACCGUUUCAUUCGCAAGAUGCUCGAUCCUGCUGAGUUGGCUACACACAGCAAUUUGGUUGAGCACCUGCUAACCACACUGUCUAGUGAAACUGCUGCCCAUUCUGCCAAUUUCAUCUCCAUUGUACUCUCGUUACUUAGUAAUCUUUGUCGAGGGAGUGCUGCGGUUACCGAGCAGGUGUUGAGGUAA